AUGCACCUUUUUAAUUGCUUUCAUCGUUUUUAUUUGCAAUUAUUUUUCGGUUCUUUUUUAUUUCGUACCUUCGUACAAUUCUUGUUUAAAUUAUUUUAUUUACUUAUUUGCCUAAAACUACAUUCAUUGAUUGAUUCAUUCUUUCUUUCUUUUGUGAUUCUUUUCACCUUUUUCUUUCUUCCUUUUUUCUUUGUCUUCUUUUUUCUUUCUUUAUGCAUUUUCUUACUUUUGUUCCUUCAGUGUUUUCUUUCUUUCUCUCUUUCUUUCUUUCUUUCUGUGUCAUUUUUUCUUUUUUCUUUCAUCCUUCCUUUCUUCCUUCCUUUCUUUGUUUUCUUUUUUCUUUCUUUAUGUAUUUUCUUUCUUUUGUUCCUUUUGUUUUCUUUCUUUCUUUCUGUCAGUUUUUUCUUUCUUUUGUUCUUUACGUGCUCUUCUUUCUUUUCCUUCCUUUUUUCUUUCUUUCUUUACACAUAUUCAGUUUUUUUCUUUCUUUUUUGGUGUUUCUUUCUUUCUUUGUUCCUUUCUUUUUUCCGUGUCCUCUUUCUAUUUUCUUUUUUUGUUUCUUUGUUUUUGAUUCUUUCUUAUUUUCUUUCUUUCUUCGUUUUUCGUUCUUUUUGUCAUAUUUUUCCCUCUUUACAUAAUUUCUUUAUUUUCUUUCUUUUGUCUUUUCUUUCUUGCUCUGUCAUUUCCUGCCUUCUUUUUCUCUAUUUCUUUCUCUCUUUUCUUCUUUAUAUAUUUUUCCUUCUUUAUUCAGUUUUUCUUUUUCCUUAUUUUUUUUUAAUGUUUCUUUAUUUCCUAUUUUCUUUCUUUUUUUAUAUCUAUUCUUUUCUUUCUUUUCACACAUCCCGAUUUUCUUUUUAUAUUUUCUUUCUUUCUUUCUUUCUUUCUUUCUAA